AUGAAUGUGGAAAUGAAGGCCCUGAGCACCCUGUCAAGGGACUUGUUUCCCCGUGCCAGCAAUCGUGACCGCAGCAGCAAAAGCAAGGAUUCCCCUGGUGCCGCAGAGAAAACCUGUGAUUCAGGUCAUGAAGACAAUGACAUCCAUAUAACCUCUUUGCAACAGAUAAAAACUGUGACAGAACAGGUGGUACAUGGUGGUGAAAAUCCUGCAUCUGCCCAGGCAGCCAAGCCCACUGUGAUGUCCCAGCCCCACCACUACAUGACAGCGCUAGUGGGGCCGUUGGAGCCCCUAUUUCACUCUGGAAUCCUGAGGACAAUGUCUCACAGAGAUGUCCGAGCCCAGCUGUUCCUGCAAAGCUUCCUCACGUGGUCAGACACUGUAGAAAUGCUGCGUGUGGCUGGGCACCACUCCGUGUACAAGUCGGGUUGGCUGUACCCGGUCUACAUAUUCAGUUACAUAUCUCUCCUGAGAAUGGUCUUCACGCCUAAGAACCCUCUUCUCAGUUCCAUGGGGGUCCUGCUACAGGAUUUCCCCUUUAUUUUCCUUAGACUCAGUUUGAUCAUUGCCCUGGGGACUAUCACACCAGUACUGGACCUGUGUAAAAAUGUCCUAGUGACUGUCUCCUAUAUGUACUUCAAUUAUGUCACCAAACUCAGGCCUUUCUCUGCCUUUGAAACCUCUCCAUUUUAG